CAAAACACUUAAAAUCUUUUAGGCCUCCUAACCGGCCGCCUUCCAUGCUUACACAUGCAUGAUUGUUGUGUCAGAGAGAGAGGGGCAUGUCCCCUCCUCCCUCAUGAGCUUCUCUCUCUCUCUCUCUCUCACAAGCUCUUUUUCUCUCUUGUAGUUUGGCUCUAUAAAUUAAGGCCUUCUUUUGUUCCCUUUGUCCCUCACUACCAACUUCUUCCUUUUUCCACUGCUACUUCUUGUUACAAACCAGAUUGCUUCCUCGGCCCAAAGCGCUCUCUCUCUCUCUCUCUCUAACCAGCCACCUCCUAAAGAAGCAUCAUCACAGAAAACCCAAAAAAAAUUCACAGCAAUGGAAAGGCUGAACUCAAAGCUGUACUUGCAGAACUGCUACAUAAUGAAAGAGAAUGAGAGGCUGAGGAAGAAAGCACAGCUUCUCAACCAGGAGAAUCAAGCUCUGCUUUCUGAGCUGAAGCAGAAGCUGUCCAAGACAAACUCAAAAGCCAAUGCAGCAGCAAACAACAAUAUUCCUGACCUCAAUCUCAGCUCCAGCUCCACCCAAAAUCCUUCUAGUUCCAGCAACUAAGACAUAUAGCUAGCUGGAUAGAAAUAUCAUGACCCCACUAGGACUUAGCUUUUUUUGUGUAAUAUUUUUUAGUCAAAAGUGGUAGUUGUUCCAGUUUUAGAUACAUAGAGGAAAAGUGGUUAGUGUAUCUUUGUACCAAGGAUACCUCUGCUUCUUCUAUUUCCUUAUCUUAUGCUAUUUUCUCUUUUAUGGGGGGUUUAGGAUAUAAAAAUUUCUGGUCUACAAGGAUGUAUCAAGCUAUCUGC